AUGCUCUUUCUACAACAGCCGCGAGGUGCCCGGCUAUCUUUGGCUCAGAUUGUGCUCGUGGUAGCGCCAGGCUUCAUUCUAUAUGGCUACAAUCAAUCAAGUAUUGGUGGACUUCUCUCGUUACCGUCUUGGACAGAGACUUUCCCGGAAAUUGAUACCACCCACACUCAGGGCGCCACCAAAAGCCAAAAUGCAACUUUGCAGGGUUUGGUGGUUGCAACCUUUGUUAUGGGCGCGCUAGUGGGUUGUAUGGCGUGUAUGUAUUUGGGGGACAUCUUGGGCCGUCGAAAGUGCAUUUUUAUAGCAGCUAUGCUGACGCUCGUCGGAGAGAUUAUCUGCAUGUCCUCGGUAGGACUGGGUCAGCUGGUAUUUGGCCGGGUAACAAUCGGUUGUGCUAUCGGCAUCAUUAGUUCUACCAUCCCAGUGUGGCAGGCAGAAUGUAGUCCACCUGCCCAUCGUGGGAAACAUGUUGUCCUUGAUGGUGUAUUUACAUGUCUAGGUUUUGCGCUUGCAUCAUGGGUCAACCUAGGUUCAUCACAGGCCGACGUAUCAAAUCCAUCCAUCACCUGGCGUUUACCACUUGCCGUUCCAAUCAUCUUCUCGGCCCUGCUCAUGCCGGGCAUUUAUGUUAUGCCAGAGUCGCCCCGUUGGCUUAUCAAAGUCGGCCGCUUUGAACAGGCAAGUGAAGUUCUCUCUCUUUUAAAAGAUCUACCUGUGAACGACCCAAUCAUAAUCAACGAGGUAGCCGAUAUGCGAAAAGCUCUAGAAAGUGACACGACGAAGAAAGCUACGCUUAGAGAUAUGUUUACCAUGGGCACCGACAAAUUAUUUUAUCGUUUUUGCUUGUGUAUUCUGUUGCAAUUCUACCAACAGAUGUCAGGGUCUAAUCUCAUUUCGGUCUACGCUCCGGUCAUAUUUGAGCAGAAUCUUAAACUCAGCAGCAAGAAAGCCCGCCUAUUUGCAGGUGGAACGUUAACGUGGAAGUUUCUGAGCUCUUUUGUAGCCUUCUUUACCAUCGAUAGAUUCGGGCGAAAAGCUCUUUUCAUGUUCAGUGGGCUCGGCAUGGGUACAUGUAUGCUCAUCUUAGCUAUCACCACUGGCUACUCCUCUGAGAACGCCGUGCCAUCUUACGUUAGCGUGAUUGUAAUUUUUCUCUACAAUUUCUUCGUACCAAUCGGGUUCCUUGGCGCAAAUUUUCUCUACUGUGCUGAGGUAGCGCCUGUCUCAUUGCGGGUAGGGAUGUCAGCUAUUUCCACAGCAAACCAUUGGCUCUGGAAUUUUGUCGUGGUAAUGUCCACGCCUGUAGCCAUUGCAAGUAUCGGCCACUGGUACUUCAUUCUUUACGCAACUAUCGGCUUAUCUAUUCCGGUCGUCGUGUGGAUGUGGUUUCCAGAAACUAUGGGGCAGACGCUUGAAGAGAUUGAUCAGGUAUUCCGAUUAAACGAAGGUUUUAGAAAUAUUGUGAAUGCCAGUGUCAAGGGUAGCCGUGAUAACAAAAAUGCGCCAGGUAUUGAAGAGGCUAUUAAAGAGAAAAAUAAUGUUUAG